GUCUCGCUCCAUCUGUCAGUCGUUCUCCUUCUUGGGCACUUCUCCGUCAAAUUUUCAGUCUAUUACUCUUACAAUCAUGAUUGCAUUUCUAGUUGGUGAGGGUUCAUUUGGAGAGCAGAGAGAGUGAGGCAGUGAGCCAAUGAAUAAACGAUUAGAGCUCAAAAUCAAACUGCUGGCCGAGCAAGGAUACGUGCUCCUUUCGCCUAAACGAACUAAAGCAAUCCGUCGUCAGCAAAUUAGAAUCAGCCUACGUGCCGUUGGCAGAGAACGCUUUGUCGUUUCUUUAAACAAGUGGUUGUGUUUCUCCACAAAGACCGCAAUCAUAAAAAACUAUACUUCGUCGUUUUAAUUGGCGAUAUCGCCUUAGGGUUUUUGACAGUGACUUCGUUCUCUUUCCCUCUCAUCAGGGGAAAAAAAAAUUUCUCUAAUUGCUUGUUCUCUGCUUGCGGUGAGGGCUAAACCAUAGAAGGCAAAGCACCCGAGUUCCCGUCUCCUGAAUCUCAAGCCAAAAAAAAAUGGCAACUCUUGCUGAUUCUUUCCUUGCGGACCUUGAUGAGUUAUCUGACAAUGAUGCUGAUCUUAUAGAGGAAGAUGACGUUGAUGCUGGAAACAUGGAGGAAGACGUUGAUGGGGACAUGGCAGACGUUGAAACUCUUAAUUAUGAUGAUUUGGAUUGUGUUUCUAAAUUGCAGAAAACACAGAGAUACAGUGAUAUAAUGCAGAAAGUGGAAGAUGCUUUGGAGAAGGGUUCUGAUAUCUCAAAUCAGGGUUUGGUACUAGAAGACGAUCCUGAAUAUCAGCUUAUUGUGGAUUGCAAUGCCUUAUCAGUUGACAUUGAGAAUGAAAUAAUUAUAAUCCACAAUUUUAUCCGUGACAAGUACCGAUUGAAAUUUCCCGAGCUUGAAUCACUUGUCCACCAUCCGAUCGAUUAUGCACGUGUGGUGAAGAAGAUUGGAAAUGAGAUGGAUUUGACCCUUGUAGACCUAGAAGGGUUUUUACCCUCGGCUAUUAUUAUGGUGGUCUCAGUGACAGCAUCAACAACAAGUGGCAAGCCACUUCCUGAGGAAGUCCUUCAAAAGACGAUUGAUGCAUGCGAUCGAGCUCUUGCUCUUGAUGCUGCAAAGAAAAAAGUCCUUGAUUUUGUAGAGAGCAGAAUGGGAUACAUUGCACCGAAUCUUUCUGCUAUUGUUGGGAGUGCUGUUGCAGCAAAGCUAAUGGGAACAGCUGGUGGUCUUUCAGCAUUGGCCAAGAUGCCUGCUUGUAAUGUUCAGCUCCUCGGUGCCAAGAAGAAGAACCUGGCAGGAUUUUCCACGGCAACAUCUCAAUUUCGUGUAGGUUAUAUUGAGCAAACAGAGGUAUUUCAGACCACUCCGCCUGCUCUGAGAAUGCGUGCUUGCCGACUAUUGGCUGCAAAAUCAACCCUGGCAGCACGGGUAGAUUCUACCAGGGGGGAUCCAUCAGGAAACACUGGAAGAGCUCUUCGGGAAGAGAUUUGUAAGAAAAUAGAGAAGUGGCAGGAGCCUCCUCCUGCAAAGCAACCUAAACCACUUCCAGUUCCUGAUUCUGAGCCUAAGAAAAAAAGAGGUGGUCGGAGGCUGAGAAAGAUGAAGGAAAGGUACGCUUUGACAGACAUGAGGAAGCUUGCCAAUAGAAUGCAAUUUGGUGUGCCUGAAGAGAGCUCUUUAGGUGAUGGACUUGGGGAAGGUUAUGGAAUGCUUGGUCAAGCUGGAAAUGGCAAGCUGCGUGUAUCUGUUGGUCAGAGCAAGCUCGCUGCAAAAGUUGCAAAGAAAUUCAAGGAGAAGAAUUAUGGAAGUAGCGGUGCCACAUCUGGUCUGACAUCAAGUCUGGCAUUUACACCUGUGCAGGGAAUCGAACUCACAAAUCCACAAGCGCAUGCACAUCAGCUCGGCAGUGGAACCCAGAGUACCUACUUUUCUGAGACUGGAACAUUUUCAAAGAUUAAACCGACAUAAGUUAUGCAAAACCAACAUGAUCAGGCACACCAACUUGGCAGUGGAACUCAAAGUAGCUUUUCUGAUACGAGAACAAAAGCCAUCUUACAUUACCCAACUUGUAGUUGCUUCUACGCCAUAAAUAAUGUAACCAUUAGAUGAACUUGUCACUUGUGCAUUAAGGUUUUGGGAUUACUUAGUCAGGCUAAUAGAGUACAUAUUUUCAGCUCUA